AUGGCACCAAGCUCGAAUCAUUUAGUACAAAAGCGUAGUCUAGUAGGUAAGGAGAUAUAUUUGCCUCUCCGAAAGACUUUACCACUAGUAGGAGUAGGAGUGGUUACUCGUAUCACAGUUAUAGAAAUAUCCAUAGCGUGCCCCAGUCGGAAUAUUGACCCUCUAUCCUCUUCUCCAAUCUCCGGUGCAGGUCCUUCUCCUGUCGUCACAAUUGAGUCUUCUUCCAGAGGGCCGACCCAUUACCUGCGUGGCUACGAGGUAGAUGGAGGAAGUAAUGUUACAGCGUACUUUUUGCAUGCCAUCGAUGAUGAACAUGUCAUUCUUGAUUGCCAAUGCCAAGAGAUUACAAAUUCCCAAAGUCCUAUUAAUACUGCUUUACUAGGCCAUGGAAGCCGGAAUGAGACGCUGAAGCCGUACGAAUGGCAACACGCCGCAACGUGCUCCACACAUAGGCCUGUUACAGUACAUAUCGCCCCACUGCAGAAGGCACGAGACGUACCUAUCAAUUCAUUCAAGGCUGAAGGAAAUCGUACUACUCGUGGGUACGAGGCUGCUCUCUGUGCGUAUCAGGUGCAAUGCGACUCUGUGGCGCUCCAGAAGGCGGCGGAGAUGGACCGAGUUGUGCUGGGUCGAGCUGAAAACUCGCCACAGGGAUCUGGAGAGUUUUGUUCUAUUGUUUCUGCAUUGCAUCCAGCUAGGGGAUAUUGAAAGCUCGUCCCCGUCCCGCUCUACUACUUGCAGCUCUGAGUGCAAGCCUCUUUUUUUUUUUUUUUUUUUUUUUUUUGGUCCCCAUCCCGUCUUAUCAGGCGUCACCGAUGGGACCUGGGAUUCUUGUCUCAGUUGAGCUGCAUUUCGCCGGCACAUGAACGACAUUAACCGCCGGCUCCGUAGCAGCGCUGCGACUUAUACGGCACCGCGUGUCUGUGAUGGCAUCAUCACCUCACGAAUAAAAACAUUGUAUGUACUCAUGUGACCUGAGAUGGCCUAUAAACACACUACAAGGUAUGAAAGAUGAAAAACCCAAUGGC